AGAUAUCAGCCGAAGCGUUCGUACUAGUCAACUGGAGCCGCUUAUGUUGUACUGCAGCCGUCGACAGUUUGGGGCGGUAGGAGGAGAGUGGACUGUUUGUUUUCAUAAGAAACCGGCACGAGGGGGGUGCUACUUGUUCGUCCUCAAGCAAACUGUGGUUUUUGUGUGUCCGUGGGAGAAGUAAGUGUUUUCAUGUUGUGCAGUUUCCAGUGUUUGCGCGAAGACUUCCAACUGGCGAAUCGCAUCAGUUCGCCCGGAGGGUCAUCGUCAGCGACGACACCCUCUGCUCCGUCAGCGUCGACCGUUUAGAAAAUGACCGGAGAGAAGGUCCGCUCCCUGCGCAAGGACCACAGGCCGAGCAAAGACGAGGACUUACUGGAGCCCGACGAAGAGGCUGCGACCGGGACGUUUACAGCCUCCAGGACGAACAACAAGAGCAGAGCGAGUAAAAUCUUCAGCAACCACAAGUUAAUCAAGUCUUCAUCCACACAACAACAACAACAGCAGCAGCAGCAGAACCAACAGUCGCAGAUUAAUGCUAACACCAACACACUGUCAACAUCCGAUGUUAUCGAUGACAACAACAAAAACCCCAUUAUCCGAACUGGGCAGGACUUUCCGGUGCACGAAUGUGUAUUUAAGGGAGAUGUCCGACGACUGUCUUCGCUCAUACGGACGCAGAAUAUCGCCCAGAAAGACGUCCAUGGAAACACACCGCUGCAUCUUGCUGUCAUGAUGGGACAUAAAGAGUGUGCCCAUCUGCUGCUGGCCCACAAUGCACCAGUGAAGGUGAAGAACGCUCAGGGAUGGAGCCCCCUCGCCGAGGCCAUUAGCUACGGAGACCGACAGAUGAUCACAGCACUGCUGAGGAAGCUGAAGCAACAGUCCAGGGAGAGCGUGGAGGACAAGAGGCCCAAACUGCUGAAAGCCCUCAAAGAGCUCGGAGACUUUUACUUGGAGCUUCACUGGGACUUCCAAAGUUGGGUGCCUUUGCUCUCCAGAAUCCUGCCUUCAGAUGCCUGCAAGAUCUACAAACAAGGCAUCAACAUCAGACUGGAUACAACCCUGAUAGACUUCACUGACAUGAAAUGCCAGCGGGGUGACCUCAGUUUCAUCUUUAACGGCAAUGCUGUUCCCUCAGAGUCUUUUGUUGUGCUGGAUAAUGAACAGAAAGUCUACCAGCGGAUACACCACGAGGAGUCAGAGAUGGAAACAGAAGAAGAAGUGGAUAUUCUGAUGAGCAGCGACGUGUACUCGGCCACACUGUCCACCAAAUCCAUCACGUUCUCUAGGGCGCAGACUGGUUGGCUGUUCAGGGAAGACAAGACGGAGCGCGUGGGAAACUUUCUGGCCGAUUUCUACUCUGUGAACGGCCUGGUGCUCGAGUCGAGGAAGAGGAGAGAGCAUCUGAGCGAGGAGGACAUCUUGAGGAACAAAGCCAUCAUGGAGAGUCUGAGCAAAGGAGGGAACCUCAUAGAGCAGAACUUUGAGCCGGCAAGAAGGCAAUCUCUAACCCCCCCGUCACCCAACACUAUAUCCUGGGAAGAAUACAUCACGGCUGACAAUGGAAAAGCUCCUCAUCUAGGAAGAGAGCUGGUGUGCAAGGAGAGCAAGAAAAACUUCAAAGCCACAAUAGCCAUGAGUCAAGACUUCCCUCUGAGCAUCGAAUCGUUACUGAAUGUUCUGGAAGUGAUUGCACCCUUCAAGCACUUUAAUAAACUCAGGGAGUUUGUUCAGAUGAAGCUCCCCCCUGGCUUUCCCGUCAAGCUCGACAUCCCCGUGUUUCCUACGAUCACGGCCACGGUGACGUUUCAGGAGUUUCGCUACGAUGAGUUUGAUGAAUCCAUUUUUAGCAUUCCCAAUGAUUAUAAAGAAGACCCUAGCCGCUUCCCCGAC